AUGCGUCAUUGUGGUCGCGUCGACACUUUAAAAGCUUCAGCAAAAACAAACCACCGCAGACAACAGAAAUCAAGAUUGCAGAGCUACAUCUUUGGAACACCUGAAAACCAAAUUUAUGAGAAGUGAAUACCUCAGGGAAUAGAAAAUGAUGAACAUGACUGACACUCUGUCUGACUUCAUGUCGACAAUAAUUCCGGACGAUUAUGACACUGCGAGCGGCAGUGGUUCUGGUACUGGGGAUUAUGAUUUUGAUCAAAGCCCGUGUGAUAAGAGCAUAGUGCGACGUUUCCGCAUGUUCUAUGAGCCCCCUUUGUACAUGCUCAUCGUCAUCCUGGGCUUCGCAGGGAACCUGCUGGUGCUCUGGAUCUACACGAACUUAAAGAACCGCCUGAGGACCAUGACGGAUGUGUACCUGCUGAACCUGGCCUUGGCUGACCUGCUCUUCUUGUGCACGCUUCCAUUAUGGGCGGCGGACGCCAUGAUGGGUUGGGCAUUUGGGACGGCUUUGUGCAAAGGCACAUCAGCAUUGUAUAAGAUCAACUUUUUCAGCAGCAUGUUUCUGUUGACCUGCAUCAGCGUGGACCGGUACAUAUCGAUCGUGCAGAGCACCAAAGCGCAGAACUCCAAGGAGCUGCGUCUCGCCUGGAGCAAAGUGGUGUGCAUGUUUGUCUGGCUCCUGUCCAUUAUAUUGUCUAUUCCCGAGUUUAUCUUCGCCCAACCCAAACCGAACAGUGAAGGCAAACACUUUUGCACCAUGGUCUACUUUAACAAUGAAAACAACCGGACAAAGAUCCUCAUCCUGGCUCUGCAGAUCUGCAUGGGCUUCUGCAUUCCACUCUUGAUCAUGAUCUACUGCUACUCUGUCAUCAUUAAAACCCUGCUUAAGGCCAAGAACUUCGAGAAGCACAAAGCACUGCGCGUCAUCCUGGUAGUCGUGGCGGUGUUCAUCCUCUCGCAGCUGCCUUACAACAGCAUGCUGGUGUUGGAGGCAUCACAGGCGGCGAACACCACCAUCACGGACUGCAACGAGGCCAAGAGCUUUGACAUCAUCAACCAAAUCAUGAAGAGUUUAGCGUACAUGCACAGCUGCCUCAACCCGUUCCUGUAUGCCUUCGUCGGGGUGCGCUUCCGAAAAGACGUGAAAAAGCUGUUCAAAAAGUGGGGCUGCACCAAGGCGUCCAAAUCUGGGAAAUUUGGUGGUCCAACUCGCUCUUCUGUCAUGUCUGAUUCCGACAGCACCAUGGCUUUCUCACUGUAACCUCAGCCUUGGGACAGUGUUAGUGCAUGAGUUCAGGAAUGAGUUCUCAAAAAGUUCUGUGAAUCAUGAUUGAAGGACAGAUUUCUUCUGAGAAGGUGGGCAUAGAAGUUGCCUUAGGUGAAAGUAGCAUCCCUUCUCCAUGUGCCAGAUGAGGGGGCCAGUGAAAAGAACAGUGUAUGUGUAUUAGCCAUUGAAUAAGGCAAAACUACACAGAUUGUACAAAAUGAGUAUGCUAUUUACUCCAUAUUUUGUAUUAAAGAAGGCCGUGAUCUCAUUCCUUCGAAGCUAUGUAAAUAACAUUAUAAGUGACCAUAUUUUUUUUUGUUAACGUAUUUCUGUAUGCAUUUUCUGUUCAUUGACACAGUAUUACAUGAAAAUGUAGGUGUACUUCAUAACUGAGCCUUUUUUAUUCAAGUAAAUGAAAUUUUUGUACAAACGAA